AAUUCACUAUCUCGACGCGAAGAAGAAGCCCUUCUCAAGGCAACUAAAGCGAGGGCUAUGCACGAAUGCGAUGAUUUGGUCAAACAAUUUGCGGCAUGUGCAUCUGGUCGCACUGUAUCUGUCGCAUGGGCAUGUAAAGAUGCUCUGAGAAUGGUUCAAGAGUGCAUGGUCCAAUAUACCGCACCAGAGCCAAUGGAAAAAGUACGACAAGAAUAUCUCCGCCUCCGACGGGAACAGCAACUCAAUUCACCGACGGAUUCUUCAAACUGGCCUUCUUCAUGACGAGCAAGACCCACCAAGACCCAAUAGUAUCUGGCAUGCUAUCAAUACUAUUUGCAAAUAAUUUACCCGAAUAAUACACGCAUAGACAACAGAACGUAACGCAGCAGCACCUCCCGCUUCCAAUAUACAACAAAACCGCCCAUCGUUGCCACUACUUUUUGUUAACGGCGUUCCACUGGUUUUGAAUACCGAGGAUAGAAGAGAGGAGACUGGAUACCGCUGAUUUAGAGGCCAAGUCGCGACAAAAUCAAUAACUUUGACGCACCCCAAAA